UCGCAGCAAGAACCGUCAUUUGGCGUCGCGGCCGCAGCCUAUCGACUCCUGCGGGGCCACGUCAUGUAAACGGAGUAAAAGCGCGUCCGACCGACACUCAACCAAAAUAGAAGCAGCCGAACCGGGUUCACCCCGAUCCGCCGCGAUCCGCCGCGAUCCGCAGAGCCGCAGCGCCGCGCUCAGGGCCCGGUGUAGCCGCAGGUUAGAGUACAGAGGAGCGGGGCUGAGGGCUCCGCAGCGCCGAGGAGAGAUGUCAGAUAUCGGGGACUGGUUUAAGAGCGUCCCGUUCAUCACCCGGUACUGGUUCGCGGGCUCGAUCGCGGUUCCGCUGAUCGGGAAGCUGGGGCUGAUCAGCCCGGUGUUCCUCGUGCUGUGGCCGGAGGCUUUCUUCCACAAGUUCCAGAUAUGGAGGCCGAUAACAUCCACUCUGUACUUUCCAGUUGGGCCCGGAACAGGAUUCCUGUAUCUGGUCAAUCUGUAUUUCCUCUAUCAGUACUCCAGCAGACUUGAAACAGGGGCCUUUGAUGGACGACCAGCCGACUACAUCUUCAUGCUCCUGUUCAACUGGCUUUGCAUCGUUAUAACGGGCUUAAUGAUGGACAUGCAGCUCCUCAUGAUCCCCCUGAUCAUGUCCGUCCUGUACGUGUGGGCGCAGCUGAAUCGAGAGACGGUCGUGUCCUUCUGGUUUGGCACCAGAUUUAAGGCUUGUUAUCUUCCCUGGGUCAUUCUGGGAUUCAACUACAUCAUCGGUGGCUCAGUGGUAAAUGAGCUGAUUGGGAAUUUAGUGGGUCACUUCUACUUCUUCCUCAUGUUUAAAUACCCAAUGGACCUGGGCGGCAGAUCCUUCCUCUCCACUCCUCAGUUCCUCUACCGGUGGUUUCCUAAUCGACGAGGAGGAGUGUCUGGAUUUGGCGUCCCGCCCACCAGGAGACAAGUGCCACAGGAGCAGGCAGGAGGGGGCGGGGGUGGCGGAGGCGGUGGACGUUACAACUGGGGUCAAGGCUUUCGCCUCGGGGACGACUGAGGCCGUUCUCCUCUACAGAGCCCCCUACGGACACUGAUGCUAAUACUUUGGGCGCAUACUGAAACAUCGAUGCUGCAGAACACAAGUUUUAUACCUUUUCAGGGUUUUUUUGUUCGUUCGUUUGUUUAUUUGAUUACUUUUGGCUUAGUUUUUUGUAACUCAACCCCACAAACAACGAAGAGUUAAAAGUUAACACAGACCCCCUUUACAGCAUCACGUCUGAUCACAUCUGUGUGUUUAUUGACCUUUUUGCUCUAGAUGCAAUAUCACAUGUAAUGCUAUAAUCGAGGCUCUGUGUGUGUGUGUGCAGUGCUGUGCUGUGAGCAGCCUUGCAGAAAGAGCUGCUCAGUCAGAGCUUGUGCUGAGAUGACCAGAGGACUGAUGCUCGUCUGGAUUCUCAGGAGAGUACUCACUCAGGCACUGUCUGCAGGCUUCAUAUUACUGUUCUGAUUUAGUUAUUUUUGUAUUAUUUUAAAUUUAAUGUUGAUUGUUCAGUAUCUUGUUUCAGAAGUUUUUCAGUUUCAGAAUUUGAACAUGUACGAGUCUUAAUAUAGCUUCUAAUUUUAUGACAAGCCCACUGAUUUUGUUUAGGCUCGAGUGAUUUUAUUACCUUUCUUCUAAACACACAUGUCCUGAUCUAUGUUGAUGGAUUUAACUUCAUGAAGGUUCUCUUAAACAAAUCUAAAUACGAAUUAAAGAAGAAUUUUGUUGCA